CAAAAGCAUACAAAAAUGGAUCAACAAAACAACACUCUCGAACCUCAUGUACUGAUGUUCCCCAUACCAUUUCAAGGUCCAGUUAACUGCUUUCUCAAGCUAGCUGAGCUCCUAUGUCUUUCGGGCAUCCAUGUCACCUUCCUCAACACCGAACACAUCCACCGCCCUCUCCUCCGCCACACCCAGGUUCUGUCCCGGUUCAGCCGCUACCCCAACUUCAAAUUCGAGACUAUUCCUGAUGGGGUUGAGCACGAAACACCAGUCCCUAGAGACCGGUUCAUGGAGGUGAUGGCUGGUGUGGAUGCGGUCACUAAACCUCUAUUCCGGGAGAUGAUGGUUUCGGGUAGGUUUAGUUGGAAAUCGGAAAGGCCAGUGACUGUGAUGAUACCGGAUGCUUACUUCAGUUUUGCGGUGGAUGUAGCGAUAGAGGCUUCGAUUCCUGUGAUCUGCUUUGAGACCAUAAGCCCAUGCUGCUUGUGGACUUCAUACUUGAAUCUUCCUACCCUUAUUGAAGCAGGAGAUGUCCCCUUCGAAGGAAGUGAUCUAGACCAGUUGAUAACAAGUGUGCCAGGAACAAAAUAUAUUAUUCGAAAACGGGAUCUUUUUAGCUCUUUCCGUACAUACGAUGGGUCGAACUCGGAUAUUGACCUUAUCGCCAAAGAAGCCCGCACUAUUCUUGUAGCUCAAGGUCUCAUACUGAACACAUUUGAAGAGUUGGACAAUGUCGUACUCCCACACAUGCGAAAACUUUGUCCAAAUAUAUACACCAUAGGCCCAUUGCACUCUCUCCACAAAACAAAACUUAUGGCCAACAAAAACCCACCAAGGCAAGAAACCACCUAUUCUAACAGUGUUUGGAAGGAAGAUAAAAAUUGCAUGUUGUGGCUCGAUAAGCACGAUCCAAAAACCGUCAUAUAUGUCAGCAUAGGUAGUCUUGCAACCAUGACAGUUGAACAACUACUUGAAAUCUGGUAUGGCGUGGUUAAUAGUGGAAAACCUUUUUUAUGGGUGAGACGACCUGGGUCGAUCACUGGUGGGUAUGACGAGUCUCGGGUUCCAAUUGAACUACUCGAGCGUACAAAAGAAAUUGGGUGUAUAGUAGAAUGGGCUCCACAAGAAGAUGUACUCGCCCAUCGGGCCAUUGGCGGGUUUUUAACACAUAGCGGAUGGAACUCGACUAUGGAAAGUAUUGUAGAGGGUGUACCCAUGGUUUGUUGGCCACAUCAUGCGGACCAACAAAUGAAUAGUCGAUUUGUGGGAAAGGUAUGGAAAAUUGGAGUAGACAUGAAAGAUACUUGUGAUCGAUUAUUAGUUGAAAAGGCAGUGAGGAACAUUAUGGAUUCGAAGCAUAAUGCAAUUACACAAUCCACUAAUACUUGGGCAAGUUUGGCUAAAGAGUCGAUAACUGAGAUCGGUUCAUCAUCUAUACAUUUGGGUCGGUUGAUUGAUGAUAUUUUAGCGAUGACGAUGAGCUCGACUCUAAUGUAAAUUAAAAAAUGUUGACGUAUGUACUGAACUUGUAUUGGUGAGGUGACUUGUGUGUUGGAUUGUAAGACGAUUGAAUAAGUUAAUAUA